CGCCCCCUCUAACAUGGCAGCACCGGGCAGCGGCGGCGGCCGGGCCUGCUUCGUGCUGGGCGCCUCGGGGGAGACGGGCCGGGCGCUGCUGCGGGAGCUGCUGGCCCGGCGGCUCUUCGCGCGGGUGACGCUGAUCGGGCGGCGCCGGCUGGACCUGGGCGAGGAGACGGAGGCGGCCGUGGAGCAGAAGGUGGUGGACUUCGAGCGGCUGAGCGAGCACGCUGCUGCCUUCCAGGGUCACGACGUCGGCUUCUGCUGCCUGGGCACCACCAGGGCUAAGGCCGGUGCGGACGGCUUCGUCCGUGUGGACCGGGACUACGUGGCGCAGGCAGCAGAGCUGGCGCGGGCAGGGGGCUGCAAACACUUUGUCCUGCAGUCCUCCCGAGGGGCUGACCCUCACAGCCACUUCCUCUACUUCCGCGUGAAGGGAGAAGUGGAGAACCUGGUCCAGGCUGUUGGUUUUGAUCGCUGUACCAUUCUCCGGCCAGCGGUGCUGCUGUGCAAGCGCCAGGAGUCGCGCCCCGGCGAGUGGGUGGCCCAGCAGUUUCUGGGCGUUGUGGCUCGGGUCUUCCCCACCGCUUACUCUGUGCCUGUGGAAUCAGUGGCCAGGGCUAUGGUGGCCAGUGUGCUGCAGCCAGCUGAGGGGAAGGUGGAGGUGCUGGAGAAUGGGACCAUCCACAAGCUGGGAAAGGCAGUGCCACAGCAGGGCACAUAGAGCAAAAGGGAAGGGCAGGAAAGAGCUUGAUUCAGCUCACAUGCUCUUGAGUUCAGAUGCUCUUCUGGGCCAAGGAUGAAUGCAUGUGUGGGCAAGAAGUGGGGUGCUUGCAUGGCCAAUGUGCAGGUAGAGGUGCACUUCUUUGCAUGGCUGCUGAUUCUGUGAAGUGAUAAAAAAAUGCAGGUGCUGGCUGGUGGGUAAGGACAAACAAUGUGCUCUGCUGCCUGGAACCAGCAUGGAAAUCAAAGUGCAAAUGGUAUAAGCCAGGGAAUUCAGGCCUUGAAUAAAAUCCUAUGACUGGUC